UUCCGGUAUAUUUCUAUACUAUUAUACCUGUGGUAUUAGCGUAUGAACUUCUACUGGAGGCCUAAGCCUAUUUAUAAUACAAUCGCCCUUCAGUGUUAUUGAACGCCUUCGUGGAUAAUCUUGCUGUGUUCAGAGUAGCGUGAUGGCAGUGGCUUUUGCAGACGAACUAGAAGAUGAACUCCAGUGUCACAUACAUUUUGGUAUAUUAAAGGAUACCAAAAUUCUACCAUGUCAUCAUACAUUUUGCGAAAGGUGUUUAGAUGGUUGGAUUGCGCAAAAGAAGGGCGUCCUUAUAUGCCCUUUGUGUAACACUAAUCAUGGUUCAUUUCCAAAUGGAGCGAAAAAUCUUCCAAAAAAUUACCAACUCGAACGUGUACUUGAGGUUAUGAACAGAGAAUCAGAGAAGCAUGUAUGUGUAAAACAAAAUCAUAAAGUUGUUGCGUUCUGUAGCACAUGUUUGGAAUGUGUAUGCCAAGCAUGUCUGAACAAACAUCAAUCCCACACAACUCAAAACCUGGAUACAAUCAACCAAGAGCUAGCACAUAAACAGAAAAUCUCGAAAAAUUCUCUACAACGAGCACAAGAUGCAUAUGGCCAGCUGAAAGAAAAUGCCGACAUGGCUAAAGAAACGCUGGCUGUCUUUAGAGCACAAUGUAUAGAUGCUGUGAACUCAUUUUGUGACAAAGCUGUAGACGAAGUAACAUCAGCCGUUGAUCAAAAAUCCUCGAUAUUGAAAAAGCAAAUGGCUGAAUUUAAAGAAUUACACAACGAAUACAAAGAAGGUGAAACUAUUAUAAAUACGUUUUCAAAGGGGUCUGUAGAUGUACCAGAAAACGUACAGAGAAUGUGGGACAAACUAAUGACCAUCAAAUCUCUGUCAAACACAUCGAUUGGUGUCGAGAAUCCUUACCUCAAAUACGAAGUAAAGUACCCUUUUGAUAUCCACGAUAUGUCUGCUGGCAAGUUGAUACUUGGAACAUCUCCAGAUGUAUCUUUAUCGAAGAUAGUGGUGAAUAGAAAUGCCGAAUCCGUGGAUGCAAGUGUGUAUAUAUCGGUGAUUCUGCAAGAUUCGCAAAAGCAAGAGGUUUCUUAUGGUAAAACAGAUAUUGUUUUGAGGAUUGUACAGCCCGACAUGUCCAAUGGCAACAUUCAGAAGAUAGAGCGCUCCUACUACGUAUUCGUUCCCACAAUGAUUGGUGAUCAUAAGAUCCACGCUUACAUUUAUGGAAGAGAAUUGUGUAAUUCUCCAUAUGAUUUGAGGGUCUCCCCAUCAUUCGACCAGGAAGCAGAAAAAUUUGGCAACGUCAAGUACAAAGCGGCCCAUGACGUGGUCGAGUUUAAAAAUGAAAUCUACGUAACUGACAAAGGAAACAAUCGCAUUGUCGUCACUGGUAAAGAUGGUAUAAUGCGACGGGAAUUUACUUUUAAGUUUGCAGACAUGGUUUAUGCUUUCGAGCCAUUUGGAAUAACAAUUUCUCAAAAGGGUGUUUUACACAUAACAGAUAUGCGUAAUCACGAAGUAUUCUUGUCUGCUACAAAUGGUAACUUACUUAAAAAAUUCGGCAAAUCCAAAUUGAAGAAGCCAACUGGAAUUGCAUUGAAAGAGAAUGGUGACAUACUUGUUGUGGACUACGAUGAUCACCGUAUCUGUGUGUUUGACCAAAAGGGUGUAUUUAAACGAUAUUACGGGGCGAAGGUAAAGAUUUUGGUAAAUUUUUGCACCCGUGGUUUAUAGAUAUGCAGAGCAACAAGAGCUGGGUCGUGGCAGAUCAUGACAAUUUCCGUUUUCAAAUUAUCCUCCCCAAUGGAAAUGCAAGGUCUGUGCCUGUGACUGUGUACGAUAAAGGAGCAUUUGUUAGAGGUGUGACAGUUGACCCUAAUGACAACAUCAUAGUUAGUGUACAAGCAAAUACCUAUGGCAAGUAUUAUCACGUGCUAAUGUACAAUUCCGACGGUGUAUUUCGUGGAUGUAUUUCAAAGGAAAAUGUUCUUUUGCGACCACGUGGUAUGUGUGUUACAAAAAUAACAACUGGCGAACAGGUUCUUCUUGUUGCUGAUGAAAGUGGAGUUUUAC